GCAGCUGAGAGACUCUGCCCGUGCGUGUGCGUGUGCGUGUGCGAGUGUGCGUGUGAGUGUGCGCGGGUGACGCCGUGUGUGUGUGUGUGUGCGCGCGCGCGCGCGCGUGUGAGAGCGAGAGAGAAAGGGAGAGAGAGAGGGGGACUCUGUGUGAGGGAAAGAAAACAAUUUCUCCUGCUCUGCAGCUUCUGUUCAGGAUCAAUGUGACUCUGGAAACAAAUGGAUGAAUGAAUAUCCAUAUGAAGAGGAAAACAAUAAAGAAUAUCAACACCUUUGAGAACAGAAUGUUAAUGCUUGAUGGGAUGCCGGCAGUCAGAGUCAAAACAGAGCUUUUGGAAUCUGAACAAGGGUCUCCAAACGUCCACAACUACCCCGAUAUGGAAGCUGUUCCCCUGUUGCUAAAUAAUGUGAAAGGGGAACCCCCGGAGGACCCGUUAUGCGUAGAUCACUUCCAGACACAAACUGAGCCAGUGGACUUGUCCAUCAACAAAGCCAGGACGUCCCCCACAGUUUCCUCCUCCCCCGUUUCCAUGACAGCGUCCGCCUCCUCCCCGUCUCAACCUUCAACCUCUUCGUCGUCUUCUAGUCGUCCAGCCUCAUCCCCAACCUGUUAUAACAUCAGUAUGUCAGCAUCAUCUUCGUCAACGGUAUUAACUCCAGGGCCCCUUGUUGCCUCUGCCUCUGGUGUGGGAGGCCAGCAGUUUUUGCACAUUAUCCAUCCCGUUCCGCCUUCAAGUCCCAUGAAUUUACAGUCUAACAAACUGAGUCACGUUCACCGCAUCCCCGUGGUGGUCCAGUCGGUGCCUGUUGUCUACACAGCUGUGCGGUCACCUGGAAAUGUGAACAAACACUAUCGUCGUACCACUUUGGAGGAUGGGAGAAGCCAUGGCAAAGCACAAAUGGACCCCCGAGGCCUAUCUCCCAGACAAAGUAAAAGUGACAGUGAUGAUGAUGACCUGCCAAAUGUGACCUUAGAUAGCGUUAAUGAAACUGGAUCUACGGCCCUUUCCAUAGCCAGAGCAGUACAAGAGGUACAUCCGUCCCCAGUAUCAAGGGUCCGGGGAAAUCGAAUGAAUAAUCAGAAGUUUGCUUGUUCAAUCUCACCGUUUAGUAUUGAGAGCACAAGACGCCAGAGAAGGUCUGAAUCCCCAGACUCCAGAAAACGGCGUAUCCACAGAUGUGAUUUUGAGGGAUGCAACAAAGUGUACACAAAAAGUUCUCACCUGAAGGCUCAUCGAAGGACACAUACAGGAGAGAAACCCUACAAGUGUACCUGGGAAGGCUGCACCUGGAAAUUCGCUCGUUCGGAUGAACUGACGAGGCAUUACCGCAAACACACGGGAGUGAAGCCAUUCAAGUGCGCAGACUGUGAUCGCAGCUUUUCCCGGUCAGAUCACUUGGCACUGCACCGCCGGAGGCAUAUGCUGGUGUGAGGAAGGCUACCUGUCCAGCUGAGCGUAAGAGCUGGAUCUCUUAGCGGCACCCAAUUCAGCAGGGCUGAAUCCCCUUCACAGUGUUAACACAAAAGGGCAUCACCAUCCCACGAUGUCUGAAAGCAGAGCAGGAAAAAAGAAGUAGUAACACUUCUCCUUUCGGUCUGAAGGUAACCCCCAUCAUGACUACACGAGAAACAACUUCACGCUGGCCUGGGAGAUCGGUGACACAAAUGCUGAAGAGACAGGCAUUGUUUUCCGUGCUGUGUCCUCUGCCAUUUCGAGAUGUUUGUAGUUUGUACAUUUUCUGAGCUGUCAGACGUUUUGUUAUUGAUACUUUAAAGGUCAUCUACCACAAAUUGAUGCCUAGAGCAAGACCUUGUAAAUUUGAAUUAUUCUCCCAUCAUCCCACCCCUGAGCCCGUUUUUACAAAAGUUUGAGUUACUGUCUAAGUAAGAUAGAACCCACUUCCAAUCUGUUACCAGCAAGCAGCCUGAAAGUAGAAAAGAAGAAGCUGUUGGAGAGGUUCCAUUACCUGAAAAGAAAGGAGUGCUCAGGCAGCCCUUUGCAAUAGUGAUGGCCGCCACUAGAUAUCACCCGCAACUUGUCAUUCUGCCAUCCGUGCCCUGGAGAAAACCAACAUUGAUUCUUUCAUUUGUUUGUUGUUGAUCGUUUUUGUUUUGUUCUGCUUCUGUUUUGUUCAUCUGUUCGAGCAGAGGGGCAGCGACAUUUCAGUUGGAGUCUAGUCCCGGUGUCUGCCCCGGCAUGGACGGGCACAGAGCCGUUCUGUAGUUGAAUAGGAAGAGCCUGUCUAAAAAAACUACUGCCCCACUUCAAAUUCAGUGUUCUGUCACCUAGGCAUCAUCUCUUCCUGCCCCUAGUAUUUGAUUACAAGGAAUCGGGGGGAGGGGGGGAAACUUUCUUAGACACACUGGCACCAAGGUAAGAGGUGGGGCUGACCAGGCAAAGUCAGUGAACAUGAAAAAAUCAGACAAAGCAGAGAUGGAAAUAAUGCGCCUCUUGAGGAGAAAAGCAAUAACGAAUAAAAGGACUUGCCUACAAUAACUUCACUGAGGACUCAUGUUACCAAUUUUCAUACUUACUAAAGGGAUUGGAAAAAACACCCCAGCAUUUUAGACGUCUUGGUUACAUUUGCAGCACUGAGGUAAUCUUUCUGCUGUUUGUUGUUCUGCUUGGUUGAGGACCACAAUUAAAGAUUAUGCUCCCCCUUUUCUUGUUUGAAAACAGUUAUUUGGUGACUAGAAAGGCCACGGAGGCAUAGCAGGGAAUUAACUCUUGGGUGAAUGGGUCAGUUCUUGGAACCAAGUCAGUGGGAAAGGAAUGCUCCCCAAGGAAAGCCUGACAUGGUGCUAGUUUCCUCCCUUGGAGAGCCGAGGAUAAGUGACUCUCCACUAGGUUCUUCUCUACAGAUUUCAUUUUCUAAACUGUAUGAGCACCCAGUGGUUCUGCUAUGGCAUCUGCAGGGAUAUUGAACCCAACCAUCGUGUGCUGAGGGUGAGAGGAAAUUAUAGUCCCGUCAGCCCCCAAAAAUUAUGAACCUUUUUUGCAACUAGCAAAGUCUAUAGUAAACAAAGCAAUACAUCACCAACGAGCAUUCUUUCAGAAAAAAUAUCAUAUUUUUUCCCCACUAAAAGCUGGGUUUUUUCAGCUUUCUGUGGCUAAGGGGCUUGGUGAGGAUUUUUUGUCGUUGUUGUUGGUUGUUGUUGUUAUUAAGAUUUUUUUAUAGCUUAGAUAUAAGAAGUUGCCAGCAUAGACCUUUGCAAUAUAUUUUAAUUACAAACACUUGAUUUGGAGAAUUGCACAAAUCAACCUCGCAAUAUUACUAGCUCAUUUUUAAAGGUGUGAACAUUCUGAAAUAAUUUCUGGUUCUAGAAUUAUCCAUUUUAGGAUUAUCUUCUAAUUCAGAUAAUCUUAUUUUGGUGAAGCAAAAACUAUAAACAUUGAAAAAGGAUGAUUUGUGUUGGAUGGCAUUAAAAGGAAUUUUUUUUUUUUUUUAAUGUUCAAGCAACAGCAUAAUGAUUUUCAGGUCAAAUUCUAUCUUCAAAAAUAUGUGCUCUACAUUUCCUGCCAGGUCUGAAAAAUUCAUUGGCAGUUUCCCUCCAACAAGGGCUGCAAUUCUAUGGAUAAAUAGCUUCUUUAGCUACAACAGUGUACUACCCACCAAGCACUGGGUUUUUGUGGGGUUUUUUUAACCAACUGGAAAGUUUUUUAUCUGUACUGUAUGCAACUCCUACUUCUCAUUGCCUGUGACUAUUUUGAAUAGAAAGGCCAACGUUGGUUACUGGUCAGUGGCAAAGAACACAGAGCAUGACGAACACAGCAUGAUGAACACAGCUGUGCAGCCCUCUAUGCUAGUCCUGGAACCAAGUUGGCAGAUAGUAGGUGAAUCACUGAGGUGAAGGGCAGACUUGAGUUAAUUCUGCCUGCUCUCGUAAGAAGGGCCAAUCCUGUUCUCUGCUGAGAGAUCUUGAGAGCAUUACACGUAGAAAUGGUUUUUAGAAUCCAUAGAACUGACAGGCAGUGGGAGCCUCCUGAGUGACAGCUCGAUUUAAAUUUAGCACAGAAUGAAAUGAGCUGCUCCUCUGUAAUAACGUAGGAAAAAUUCAGGGACAUGAGCUUGUCUGCUCACCCCCUGAAAGUGGCAACCCAACUGAGACAGUAAGUUUACUGAUAGAACCUGUCAGCAUUAUGCCAUUUCCCCCUUUUGAUGUACUGAUACUUCUAAGGAGGGAUCCAAGCACAAAUAGUGAAUGAGUUGCUGAUCUAGUCGCAGGACUGAAAUUUACCUGGGGCUUGUCUUGGGACAUAACAAAUUCUCCUUGGUGAAUUUUCUACAAGUGUUUCCCUGUGGAAAGGAAGGUGGUUUGGGAGAGAAGGAAUUACAUUUUUAAGUAAGAAUAACUUCAGGCAUGGAAAAGCCUACUCUAUUUUAUCUUAUGUCCAUUCUAGACUCUUUUUAAAAGCACAGUAGAUGAUUAACAAUAGAAAAGGAGUAGAAUCCAAAGGACUUCUCAGUUGUUCUCUAACUAGAAGCAUUCUUUGGUUUCAAAUUUGAAGCUAUUCAGUUUGCAGCUGGGCGUAUGUGCAUGUUUGGGAACUUAGACACAGGUAGCUGCAAUGGCUUGAGAAGCUACAGUUGACCUGUCUCUUUGCAUUGUAGAGAUUGAUUUCAAGGAAGUUAAUGUUAUUUGAAAAGUUAAGAGGUACAGACUUUGAGGUUUCAAUAGAUUCCCUCCUUGUAUCCUGAUCUUAGGUUGUUUGGGAAAAGAUUCACACUUCCCCAUCCACUUCCAGCCCCAUCCCAUCAAUUGUGUGUGGACUUUGAGGAGCCUGAUUGAUAACUUGUCUUAAGUUCUAUUAAGGCAUUUAGACUGAAAUUCCUAAUGGCUUUACCAUAAAAUUUAUACUGUUGCCUGGCAUUACUUUUACAAAACACUAUAGGACAUUUAUUUUCAAAGGCAGUUGAAUAACAAUAACAUAAACCACAUUUUUUUUAAAAAAGAGCACUUUUUAUUCACUUUAAAGUUUAAGUGGAAAAUAGGAAGAGGAAUGUCGGGGGGGGGAAAAACUUGCAAAAUGCUACAGUGUUUACAAAUGCCAGUUCUAGAUGAUUGAAAAGGCCAUUCUCAUUAUGGUUGAAAUUUGGAAUAGCUUAUACAAAGAUUGUGUUCAUUUUUAUACAGUUGUUUUAACUUCAAAUUGCCAUCUGUGUUUUAAACAUAAAUAUAAUUCUGCACUUUGAAAUCAGUUCAUUAGAAUGAUACCAUGUAUAUGGAUAAAGAUGCAGUAUUCCUUAUUCUGUACUUUAUUAUAUUUAUCAAAGCUGCAAUUGAAUAAAUCUGGUGAGGUGAGGCCUUCAAAUGUAUUAAUACGCCUUUGUUACAUUGUUACAACUGCUUAGAAAUGUAGCCAUGAUGUUGUUAUAAAGGUGUCUUAACAUUUACAGUAAGGAUUGACAGAAUUUAAGCAGUGUUAAGAAUACCAGCAUUCAUUAUAUGUUGAGUUACAAUCUUUGUGUAACGGAUUGAACGUGAGAUAACUCUUAUGAAUUAUAAUAGGCCCAGGAAGCCUUAAUACUCUUAGUCCAUAAUCCAAUCUCAGAUUUUGCUCCUUACUAAUUAAUGCCUAUAAAUUUAGGAGGUAAAUGUAUUCUACAACUUCACUGAUCAGAUCUCUCCCUUCCACUUUUCUGAGGUAGCGCAUCUCAUGAAAACAAUCUUUCAACUUGAUUUGGUUUCGUUUAGAAGAGGGGUUUGGUAAACCAUGUCUUCCAUAUCACAUUUCUCCUUAUCUCCACACUGCCUUCCACUUAACAUGUACAGGCCCCCCGACAGAUGCACACCUGUAUACAUACCUAUAUAUGCAGCAGCCACGGGACUAAUAAAUAUCAACAGAGAACUUUUUUAAAAGAAUGAAUUUGUAAUAAUCCAUGCUGUCUAGAAAAUGUAAGUUAUUUACCUUACUAGGGAAUCAGCUUAUAAUGCUAUAUAUGACUUCGCCUGCAUUUUAUAGUUAAGAAGUGUACAUAAAAGUUUAAAAUGCUAUAUUUUCACAGUUUCAUUAUAGAAUAAUGUCUGUUUAGCAACCCAUGUCCAUUGGUACUUUAAAUAUGCUAAAUACUGUGCAACUGCAAUAGAAAUUCAGAUUUUCGUAAGAAAAUGAAACAGGAGGAUACUGCAUCUUAAAGAAAUAGAGUGAAGAUAUUUUACUGUAUUCGUAACGUGUGAUAGUGGAAAAAGUAUUUUCAAACUCACAAAUUUUACAGAGGUUGUAAAUAGUUUGAUGAAGUAUGUUGGGAAAAAGAGCUUCUAGUUUUCAUCACAAUAAAAAAAAAAAGAAAACUUGUUCAGAUAUGCCUUGUGUAUCUUACACAUGAUUAGUGAUAUUGCCAUGGGAACUCUGUUCUGCUUUGUCAGAGCACAGCCCUUGUGCUUCCUGACAAAAUGGAGUGGCCACUUGUCUCAAUUUAGCCAGGAUGGUUUAGAACGCAAUGAAGUCAUUUUAAGUUGCAGCCAACUGAUUCCAAACUCAAAAGGUCUUUGCCUGAAAAGAGAAAAACAGCUGCAAAGGAUUUUACUUGUGCUAAAAUAGAAGCAUCUAGCAAUUAUUCUCUUUUCUCAGUUACUUUCCUCCUCCAUGAAGUAGUUCUCUAUCAAAAGAAACAAACACCCUCUACAGGUGUUUAUUCUUGUUGAAUCCCAGAGGGAAUACUUUUAGCAGUAGCUAUCUGUUGACAAGGUGAGUGCUAUGGGUAUGGCCACAUGUAAAAUGAAUCUGUACUGGCAGUAGGAAUAAGCUAAUGCCAAUUUUCAGAAAUGAAUUAAAAGCUGAAAGUGCCUGUCAAUAAACAUUAUGACCAAUGAGAUAUUCCUAUACUUUUACACAGCAAUAAUUCUUCAUCAGACUGGGUUUUCCCUCCACCUUUGCGAACACAUGCACACAGAGUAAAUAUAUGCACACAGUAAAUUGAAUCUGUUCACAUACCCCCUCAAAAAUUAUUUGGUGUGUUUUAAAUAUACCUAAUCUUGUUUAUGUUAACAUUUCUUAAUUUAAUCUUUCUAAACUACGAAACGUAAGAAUGCAAAUCUGAACUUUAUGAUUAUCUCCAAUAUAUACUCUGGCACACGGCAUUUAUAAUUUUGAGAUGAAAACUUCACUGUGAUUUGCCCCAAUCUUAUGAAGCACUUGUGUGUGGCUCAAAAAGUUUUGCUUGGUUAAGAAAAGCCAAUUUAUUUAGAGCAAAACACUAGAGAUAUUUGUUUGUUUUCCUUUAUUUUAUUCACUAAUAUCAACUGCACAAAUCCAUCUUUACAUUUCUUCAUAUCCUUUUCCCCUAAUAUUUCCUGUUAUCAUGUAAGAACCAUUUUGGAGUGAAUACUGACACCAUCAUUUCUCCCCAAAAAGCCUACAAAGGUAUGACUGACAUUUAGUAAGCCUAAUCUUUGACUAAGCUUUACAGUUAGUCCUGGAAAUGACCAGAUUUACAUUCAGAACUUCACAAUAUUUUCCUAUCAUUGUCUCACUGCUAAAAGUGGAGUCGUGAAUAGAAAUAUAUGAGGAGAUGAUAUGAAUAGACAAGAGCCCUGGAAAUUCACCGGCCUCACCAUCUCAGAGCACAAAUCCACCCAAACAACCUAUUGAGAGGUAUCAGUAAAAUUAUAUUCUUUCAGAGCCAAACAUUUGGUAAGAGCAGUUUUAAAAGUAUAACUGUGAUUAAACACUCAGGCUUUAGACAGUGAAGCCUACCACGAUGGGCACUGUUCUCCAGAACCAGAUCACAGGCCUAGAAAACCAUCUCCCGUUUCCUCCUCUGCAUUUCAGAAAAAAAGGGAAAGAAGGAAAUAUGCCAGGAUAGGGUGUAAAAUAACCAUUUAAGUGUCAAAGGAAAGUUGCUGGGUUCCAUAAUCUCACUGAAGGCAAGUCUUCUGAGCGGGCUGUUUUCUGCAAGUUGUCUGAAAGAACUAAAAGAACUUGAAAGGUCAAAAGUUCAGCAAACCAUGAAAAGAAUAGCUAUUCUUUAGUAAACCCUUACUACGUGCCAAGCACUAUACUAGGCAAUUUUUAGACAUAUUACCUCUAAUCUGUACAACAGUGCUAGAUUUUAUGGGUGGAAAGCUGAGACACAGAGAAGGUGGCUAAGUUGUCCACAAACAGAAAUAGUGAGCGACAGAGUGGGAAUGUGACAUUACCUUUCUCUGGCUCUGACGCCUGUAUUCUUCCCAGUGCGCCACAGCACGUGUGUUCACAGAAGCCACCUUUCCAUAUCUAACUCUUAAGUAGUUUUAUUAUGGAUGUGUGUCAUCGUAUUUUCUGAAUAAGAUAAUAGGGACAUGAUACAGCACGUGAUUUAACAGUGGUACAUCAUAUUUGAAAUCAGUCUUCUCCUGGGAAGUCACACAUGGAGGAUUAUUAUAAACAAACAGUACCAGCCAGCUGUCUCCCUGAACUUGUCACUCGCCUCUUAAAAUGUUUGGCCUGGAGAUCCCCAAAUCAUCAAAACCCUUCCCUACUUUGUAGCAUUUUCGACAGAGCAGGUUUUCUCGAUUCUGCAUAUUUCUUUGUAGGUUUACUAAAAGGCUUUACACCUGUAUAGACCUUCUAGAGUAUGUUUAAGUUACAUUUGAAAUGUUCACCUCCAUGGAACUAGUCGUUAAUAACAGAGCCCACUCUUGGCGGUGGUGAAUGGGGAGACCAUGUUGAACAUUCAGAUGAUGAGCAAGAAGAGAGAACGGAAAAUUCCUUUUCAGAUUUCUCACCUAACAGUACCACCUUGGAAUGUUUUCAGUAGCCUUAUAAAUAAUUUGUUUGUAGUAUUGUUGUUAGUUUAAUUGAAUUUUACGUAGGAAGCUGUCCAACCUCAGAGAAAUGACCCCGACCCCCCUUUUCUAUGUAGAACAAGGUCUGUGACAGUAUUGAUUUAUGGAAGUACUAAUGGACUUAGAAGACAUUAAGAGAAUGUCAUUUCUCAUGGUGUUUCUUUUUCUGAAAAUGAAUCUCCUGAAUUAUGAUCUUUUUCCAUGUUACUUGGCUGAGGGAAGAGAUAAAACCUGUAUAAACAAAUUCCCUUCCAUGCUGAAAGCAAGUGUUCUGUGUGCACACAACCCACUGUGGAAAGGGACUUUCUCCUCAGUUAAUUGGGUUUCACAAGCAAUAAUUUCUCAACAACAAGACCACAACUUAAAGUGAGUUGAGAAGAGGUGAAUAGUGAAAAUAGUCACAUCGGUACUUUUUCUUUCUGGAUUACUUCUCUAGAAAUUUUAAAUGUUGAGGCAACACUCUGCCCUUUGUGCAAAGCAAGAACCAACGAAUGGACUCCUUGCGUGAAUUAUUAUAUCUUGCUUUUUCCAAGCGAGGGUGAAGAGGAGGGUAGAAUUUGGGUCAAAUUCUAGUCAAAAUGCUCAAGUAAUCAAAAAGUAGGAUAUUUUAGGGACAUACCAACAUCUUCCCUUUCUGCUAAUUUCGUACCCCUAAGAUAUAGCAUAAAACAUUAUAGGAAAUGCUUUUGUCCUCCUUGUGUUUGCCCUGAUAGUUUUCCCAUAACAGAAUUUUGUAAUUACAUCCAGACUACAGGAUAUAUUUCAUCCCUCAGACUUGAUUACAUUGGAUGGGUAUUGUUGAACUGGGGCACUGGUGCCUAUAUUCAAGGCUCUUUCCUAUCAACUUGUCUGUCCACACUUUGUUGUGUUUAAAACUUCAUUUUAAAAAAUUACCAUCACUGCCCCCGACCCAUGGAAUGGGUGGCUGUAUUGUUUUGUUCAUGUCUGUGUGGGACACAUUGCAUCACGUGGCAAAUCAACUCCCCGUGGAUGUGAGAUAACUACUUACAAAACCAGCUUGAAAACAUCGUCUUCUGUAUUAUGUCAUCCUGUAUCAUAAUGCAAUUAUGUGUAUCAUAACAUGCUCAUUUAAAAAAAAAA